AUGACCGCCACCACAGUAGCCAAUGCCGCCACCUCCGUAGCCAACACCACCAUAUCCUCCGCGUCUGUAACCUCCGUUACCGCCGCCGCCACCGUCGCUUCCACGAGAUUGGGCCUCAUAUACGGUGAUGUUACGGCUGUCGAGGUUCUAGUUGUUUAUGCCUUCGAUCACGUCACUUAUGGCCUUCUAGUUGUUGAAAGUGACGAACCUGAAGCCCCUGGACCUCUCGGUCUCACGGUCGUUGAUGAUCUUCGAUUCGAUGAUCUCACCGAACGGAGAAAAGGCCUCUACAACGCAUCAUUGUCGGUGGAGGAAAGAGUCAACCUCAUGGAUCAGGACCCGAGUCCACCUCUUGAGUUAUAA